AAAAUAAAUUAGUUAUCUAAGUAUCAACAUUGGAAGCACAUCAAUCAGAUUGAUGUGUUGAAACUGUCAAAGUUGAUUCCUGUUCAGAUACAUAACAGUUUUAUAAUAUCAGUAGAGUUGUAUUGCCAACAACUUUUUUACUUUUUUAAAUAAGAAAAAAACUUUAUUAUUAACCGUAAAAUUCUUACGUCAAAUUUUUAUAAUUGAUGCUUCCAGAAACAAGUUAACUGACAUUCAAUCUUUUGAAUAAGAAUAUGCUCGGCAAAUAAAUUUAAAUAUAAUUGAUUGUUGGAAAUUCGUGAUUGAUCAGAAAUAUGAUGAAUGAAAUUCAAGAAAAAUUAAUGUGUCCACCAGAUGAUUAUCAUCUGAAUAAUAAUAAAUCCGAAAUGGGUUCGUUUGAUGUAUCAUCAAAUUGGGACUUGACUGAAAAUACAAAAAAUUUUAGGAAUGUGAUUUCCAUUGGCUCAGUAGAUGAUUGCUCUAACAGAAUGACCCUCGAAGAUAUUGUAGAUGAAAAAGGAUGUAUAGAAGUUAAAAGAAAAUCAGAUGACAGCGGACCCUGUACACUAGACAUAAAAUUGAAGAAUAGAGACAAAAAAAUAUCACGAAUAGGAAUAGUUUCGGAAGCUUCUGUCUUAGAAAUAUUUCAGGACUUUGGUGAAUAUACGACAACGAUAUUUGCUGAAUUUAUUGACGAGUUUGAAGAUUCUUCUGUCUACUACGCAGAGGUUGCAUUCGAACGUCCAUCGUCUGAAGUCAGCAUAAAGUUCACGAGAAUUAAAAACAAUCGACCCACUAUGUUUCUUUAUGGAGUCCGACUUCUUCUCCAACAAUCAGAGGUUUCAAAGACUACGGAACACUUGGAUUUAAAUUUUGUCAAUGAAUGUCUGAGAAAAUUACUGGAUAACAGAAAUAACGGACUAGAGAAAUUAUCAAGUCCUUCAAUCAAUGGAAAUGAUGACACUAUCAGUAGCAGGGAUGACUUGACUGUAAAUAAUUACGCUAAAAGUUUCACACGAAAUGCCUAUGAGCUUUUAAAAUCAAAGGAAUCUUUAACAAAUGGGAAUUAUGGGCAAAAAGAAAAAUCAAAUAUGGAAAAUUACAACACAUCUUGUACUGAAAAUAUUGAAGCUCUUCUUGAUUUAAAAAUUACAGAAAUGGAAGAACGACUUUCGAAAAAAAUAGAUCUGAUAGAAAGCAAAACAAAUGAAAAACUGGAUAAAAUAUUAAAAUUAUUGGAGUCAUUAAAAAAUUCAAAUGUAGCGCAAUAAAUAACUUAAU